AUGUCACGAAUACCCCUGAACGCAGCGGCCUCCAUUGGCGAUAACAACCGCCAAGUCACCUCGUCUCUCCCGCCAGAGGUGGUCCAGUGCCUCGAGAAUGCCCGCUUCCUCCACCUCGCGACAUGCACCGACAACAUCCCCAACGUCUCCCUCAUGAACUACACCUACCUCCCCUCCUCGCCGUACUCGCCCUCCGAGCCCGUCAUCGUCAUGACCACCAACCCGGCCUCCAAGAAGAUGGCCAACCUCCUGACAAACCCACACGUCUCGCUGCUGGUACACGACUGGGUCUCCCACCGCCCGCCCACCUCAACCGCCAGGCGCCUCUCCGGCGGCGCCGCCUCCGUCUCGCCCUCGCGCUCCAGCCUCGCCUCCCUGCUGCUCAACCUCAACACGAGCGCCAUGUCCAGCAUCAGCGCCACCAUCAACGGCAGCGCCCGCGUCGUCGCCGCCGGCACCGACGAGGAGCGCUUCUACCGCCAGGCCCACCUCGACAACAACACCUUUGACGACGACGCCAGCGCCGGCUUCAGCCCCUUCGCCCAGCCCGCCGCCGCCACCACUGAGGACGGCGGCCGCGAGUGCUUCGUCGCCGGCGAGGAGGUCAGGGUCAUCAUCGUCGCCGUGAGGGGCGUCAGGACCAGCGACUGGAAGGGUAACGUAAACGAGUGGGAGCUUGUCCCGCCCGCAGCAGGCCAUCAGCAGCCUGCCCUGGUGAACGGCACCAGUUGA